AUGAAGAAAAGAGCUCUUUGGCUACUUGCGAUCUUUGCUGAAAGAAGUUGUGAAGCGUUUAACGUGGGAAAUGUCGUAACGACGCAUCAAGGUGCCCCUGGGUCUUUAUUUGGCUAUGCACUAGCUACAAAAGACGGUGCUGACGGCUUGAUCAUAGGGGCACCAAAUGAUGAUGGCAUCGGCUCUAGCUUCAUUUGUAAUCAUCAAUGCGCGAAAGACAACUCGGGAAAGCUUGACGGAAGCCGGGGAAGUAUGUACGGCGCCGCGAUAAGCUGGAUAUCGAGCAAUAAAUAUAUCGUCUGCCAGCCGAGGCAACAGACCCCCAUGUACUGUCGCAGCUGGGUGGACUCAAAUCAGGAAGGCAACCGACAAUGCUUAGAACAGCGAUUUCCCAAGUACGACCAGAUUCAAUUCAAGAUGACUGGGCGAUGUUAUAUAAAAAGGGGAAUCGAGGAAUCGGAAGUCGUCGAGCCAGAGUGUGCUUCUAAUAAUAAAUACAAUAGUCCGGCGAUUGACUGCGCUUUCGGAUUUGGCUUUGCUGCAGUUGGGGAGGCAUUUGACGAGACAGCUAUUGUUGGAAAUACUCCGAAUGCGCGAUUCGGAAGCUCGCUUGCUGUUUAUGAUAUUGACAUGGAUGGAUAUGAUGAUUUGCUGAUUGCGGCGCCUUAUGGCGAGGAAGCGACGAUUUCCGUCUAUAAUGGCCACUCUGGAGGUCUAAGAGAAGAACCAAGCCAGAUUAUAAAAUCGGAAGACAACUUAAAUUGGUAUGGAUUUGCAAUGGGCCUCAGAAAUCGCCAGCUUGUGGUGUCCGCGCCGAAGAAAGAUUAUGUCGAUAUCAUGGCCUUGCGAACUCCGUUGAAGCUUACCUCGUAUUUUCGAAAAUUUCCUGACAGACCUAUUGAGCAAAACGACUAUUCGGUCUCCUACGAAUUUUGCUUUCAAUUCACUUCCUUUGGUUCCAACAAGAUUCGGAUCAAUGUUGUUUGCGAGCAUGAUCAAACAAGAGUUGAAAAUCCAAAAGUUUACUUCUCUGGUCUUUCUCUUGAAAAUGGACGACCAUAUUGUCAAGAAGUACAGUUUGACAUUAAACGUAGUCUGUGGCUAGACCAUCAACAUGACUUGCCUGUGAAUGUUAUAGCGAGUCUGUCCGAAGGUCAAGAAGAAAUUGCCCUCGACCCGAAUUCCGGAGUGAAUUUAUCGGGGACCGUGGCUUUCAACAAGGAAUGUGGAUCCGACAACAUUUGUAAAAGCGAACUUUCGCUCAGCAAAAUUGAGUCAACGACGGAAAAUGUCGUCUACGGUGCUGAAAACAUAGUGGAGGCAACAACGAUGCUUGAAGUCAGAGGAGAAAAUGCAUUCGGGACAUAUAUUUUUGUCAAUACGACGAGCAAACUAAAUGUAGCGAUGCUUCUCUAUGGAGCUAGUGACCAAAAAACGAUUCCUUGCCGCCAAAUAGAGAAACAUCUGAAAAGCUGUCUUAUUGGAAAUCCUGCUCGCCCCGACCUCUAUCGCUUGAAAUUUCGUUUCGAUGUUGAUCCUGACUUCAAAAAAGCGAGCACGGAUGUGAAUUUCUGGGCGAAUUCAACAAAUGAUUUUCCAGCUAAAUCAGAAAUGAGAACAUUGUCAUUACCGCAUCAAAUUCAAACGCGAUUCCAAGAUGAGCUACAGGUGGUGCCCCCUUUCAUUACUUUCGAAAAAGAUUAUGGACCCAUAAGAUGGGAGUUUUCUGUUGAGAACAAAGGGCCCAGCACUGUAGAUGGAUCAAUCAAAGUUAAUUUUCCCAAAUGGACGAAAGGGGGUCGGAUGAUUUUGAGGAACAUCAACGCUGAACUUUCACUCGAGCAGGACAACAUUAUGAUGCAAAAAAUAAUAUGCGAUGUUCCAUCAAUCGUGAGUGAUGGAUCUCCUUUCGAUAGAAACGAUGAUUUCAACCUCGCGAAGAUCGACGAUUUUGCAAUGUUCGACUGCUCCACAAGAAAUUCAAGCGCCAGAUGCGUUGAGAUCUCGUGCUCCACUGAUGAUGAGUUGAUGAGAAAGAAUGAUAUUUUAAAUCUUGUUCUUGAAGCUGAAAUCAACGACGAGAUUUUCAGCAUGCUGAAUACGAGCUCAAAGUUUAUUCCUGAAUUCACAUUUGAAGUAAAUCGCGGUCCGUAUGAAGAAACCAACAUCUUUCUUUCUGAGACAUCAACAAUCGAAUUCACAGUUUUAAUGCCUGUUGCUCUCUAUGAUUCGCUGCCCAUUCUUUGGAUAGUCUUUGCUGUGGUCACUGGAUUAUUACUACUAGCUGUGAUUGCAACUGUAAUGUACAAAACAGGCUGUUUCGCGAGAGCAAAGAGGGACGAAUGCGAUGUGGGAAUGCAGUAUCAAACUGCAGUAUCUUAUAGGCCGGAGAAUAACAGAGAGCAGCAUAUAAUUACUGUGCAAUAA